AGGAUUUUGAAUUCAAUUUUUGUGCGUGCUGUGUACUCGUAUACAGCUAAAUGUCCGUUACGCCAUUUUUCGGACGACGAUGAUGGGCUUGUUGUGUCUUGUUUAAAUACCUAAAUUACACGCCUAGCGCAUGUUUAUUGUAUCACCGAGUCGUGUGUGUGCCUGUCGAUCGAUUGAAUAUAAUAGCAUCGGAUUUGUAUACGAAUAAAUAAAUAAAAUAAAACGCGUGUGUGCCAUGCCACCGAAAAGAUCGAGGGUUGCGAGAUCGAAGCAGCAGCAGCAGCAGCAGCAGCAACGCAACAGCAGUAACAACCGGGGCAGCGUCGGCGAGCCCAAGACGAAGACCGUCUCGACGCAGACCGAGAACGAUGACGAGGUCGUCGGCGUCGACAGCGAGUACAAAAAACAGACGGAGCGACAGCUGGAGGAGCUCAGGAGUAAGCUGGCUCUGCUGGAGAACGAGAACGCCCUGUUGAAGAAUCAGCUGAACGCGACAAAGACAACGACGACAACGACGGCAGCAGGGAAAAACGAGGUCGAGGAACUGAAGGAUAAAGAGUCGUUCAAGACCCUGAGAGCCAACAAGGCUCUGAGCAAGGUGAAAUGCGCCAGUCCAGCCUCCAAUACCAAGCUCAAGGGGUGCGGAUGCAAGGGCAACUGCUCCAGCAAGAUAUGUGGCUGCGUCAAGAAGGGCUUGGCCUGCGAUCAUCUGUGCAGGUGCAACGAGGCCGUGUGCGAAAAUCAACAGGAGGAAAAUGUCAAGGACGAGCAGCAGGAGCUGUCGGAGGAUGCCAAGAGCGCCAUGGAGCAGUUGGGACAUCUGUCUCUGAAUCAAGAGGGUAUCCAUGCGUCAGAGAAGAAGAUCAAGAGAGGAUUGUACAGUCCGUUCAUCAACGAUGGAAACGGUUCGAUAACGUUGAAGGACAAUAACAGUUCCAUUGCCUUUACCAGAAGAAAAUUAUUUACCCAUGAUUCUGGUGAUAUGGUGGAUGUGAGCGUGAUUAGCAAUUCUCAUGAAAACAGUCCCGCUGUUUCCCCACGCAAGACUCCCAGUGAUAAUAAAGUGAAAGAGAAUCAAGUGCCUAAAAUCAGCAUCAACAAGAACAAAAAUGCAGCCGACGUUGAAAAGGAUAAUGUUCAAUUGUCAGCAAAAAAAUCAGCGGAUCAGUUUGUGGUCAGAAGGAAAUAUGUCACUGAUAGAGUAGAUGAACUUAAAAAUGUAGAUUCACCUGUAUUGAACGAAGAAGAUAUUUUUAAGCCACAGACACCAAAGGUGGUGCACUCACCAAAACCAUUUCAAAGCAUUUGUGCUGAAAUUUUGGGAGAUAUGUCUAAUUUACCAUCAACACCAGAAGAAAUAUUCAGGCCUAGAGCAGCAAAAGUUCAGCAUUCUCCCAAACCGUAUAGAACAUUAAAUUCCUCUCAAAUAGCUGCUGUUCCACCUUCUCCAAAGCCUACAAAAGUAAAACAUUCUCCUAUUAUCAAACAAGUGUUAUUACCGUCUCAAAAUAAUUUACAAGUGAACUCCCCAAAUUCUGUACAAAUACCUCCAUCUCCCAAAAUUACAAAAGUAAAAUGUUCACCGAUUAUAAAGGAACCCUUGGUCACUCAGAAAUCCGAAAAAGUAAUGUCUACUUUACAUCCAAGCUCUGCAGUUAUAAAACAAAAAGACCAGCAUGUGAAAGAGAAUAAAAAGAAUGUUCCAAAUGUUUCUGAACGAGAGUCAAUUUCAUCAAAGUCCAGUGGAUACCAAUCAGAUACUCUUGAUACAAGCUUAAAUCCUAUGCUGCCAAAGCAUCAAUUGGCUAGGAGCCCAAUCAGCACAACUGAUGGAACAGUGAUUCAUUUACCAGAAACUAAAAAAAUUGAGCCUAUACCAAUACCACAACUGCAAGCAGAGGAAAUUGACUGGGAGCAGCAUCAACAAGAAUUAGUUAGGUGUAACAUUUGUAAAAGAAAAUUUUUCCCUCAGCGAAUUGAAAAGCAUUCCUCAUCAUGUAAAGGAAUAUGAUCUGUUUGUAUUUUUAUUGUUUGUGUUUUUUGUUUUAAAAAUGAUAUUUGAAACACAAGUUUUUAAUAAUAGAACCAAAGAAUUAUUUUUGUUAAUAAAAUUAUGUGAAAUAUUUUUCAAAAAAAUUUUACGCAUUCCAUUGUUUAUGUACUGAACUGAUGUUGUUAUUAAAAGGCAACAAAUUAUUUACGUAAAUAUUUAAAAACUUUUUAUUCUUUCAAUUGUUAUUUAUGUACAUAUUUCUUACCUGCAGUAUAAGCUAAUAGAGAUUGAAAAAUGCACGCAGCACUGAACAUCGUAUA